ACGUCUCUAUCUAGACGCUCAAGUUCUACCGGAUCACGCACUCAUAGGCCCGAGAGGGAGGCGGAUGGGUAAGUAGACAAACAGGUAACGGUACAUGCCAUGAGCGGACCGAACACAUUUAACGACCCGACCUGGACCACAUACGACCGCCGCCGCCUCUUGCUUGUUUCCGCGCCCCGUCCAUCCUCUUUCCCCCCUUGUAUGCACGUAUGUACAUGUGCGUGCGUGCGUGUGUGUGUGUGUGUGUGCCUUCUGCCCUCCUCUUCUACUUCACCGGAUUGGUGUGCCGUGGGUGCAGACGCGAUCUCGACCCAAGUUGCGGUAGGUAGCCAUGUCACAUUUUGAUGUAGGUACCCUCUCCUCGGCUCUGCCCCUGCUGCACCUAGUAUGUACCCUCCGACCACCUCAUUCCGCUUCGUUGCCAUACUUUUUUUUUCUUCCCUUUUUCCCUUUCUUUCCCUCUGCUACCCUUCCUUUCCUAUCAUGUACCUUAUUCUACGGGGUGGGCGCCCCGUCCAUUUUCCUCAACGUCAAGCACCUUAGAGGAAGGCAAGGCAAGGGAAAGAAAAACAAGGGACCAUUUUACUCGUACAUACCUUUUUCCUCCCCUACCCCCCUCGUCCUCCUCGUACGGAUACACGCAAACUUCUUGCACACUGUCCAGAGUAUAUUAAAGUCGGCCGGCGUCCCGUCCCAUGUUCCAUCGUCGACGUUUCUUUCGCUCGUCAUAUCCCGUGCUCUGACAAGCCCUGGACUGAGAACCCUUAUUCCGUUGGGUGCUGUCAUUGCUUCUCCGACUCCAUCUCCAUGCAGGUCUGGCUCCGCAUGUGGUCCUGCUCCUCCCUCUCCUCCCCGUCCCGCAUGCCUUCCUUGCCUGAUCAGCGUCAGAUCUGUGGCUCCAACCGACCUUCUUUCAAAUUCUCUGCCAACCUCCGAGUCGACCCUGAGACAGAAGACACAGAAGACACAACAUCGCAACCAUACUUUGCAACCUCGUCGGACGCCGUGUUAUUAGACACAUUCACGUACGAGGUUGCAUCAUCCGGCUGCCCUAUUGUCCUUUCCAUCUGGAGCUCUCUUACUCGCCCUUUCCGCUCUCCUCCUGUCGCGCAAAAGUCGUUGCCCUCCUUUCCCCCGGUUACCGCCUGCCGCUC